AUGCGCAUCUUCGUCACCGGCUCCACCGGCUUCGUCGGCUCAGCCGUCGUCAAAGAACUGCUCUCCGCAGGACACCAAGUGCUCGGCCUAACCCGCAGCGACCUUGGAAUCAAACAGCUGGAAAACCAAGGUGCCGAAGCCCUGCAUGGCACCAUCGAGGAUCUCGAACUCCUCAAGAAGGCCGCCUCCGAAUGCGACGCCGUCAUCCACCUCGCCUUCGUCCACGACUUUGCCGACUUUGCCGGCUCCUGCGCCACGGACCGCGCCGCCAUCACCGCUAUGGGCUCCGUUCUGGCUGAGGCAGGCGGAGACCGCGCCCUGGUCAUCACCUCCGGCACGAUGCUGCUCCCGCGCGGCAAGCUAGGACAUGAGGACGAUGCGCCGGACAUGACUAACCCGAUGUCUGCGGCCCGCGGCCCCUCGGAGCAGGUGUGUCUCGACUUUGCCAAGCAGGGCGUGCGAGCCAGCGUUGUCCGACUUCCCCCUACGACACAUGGCCUUGGGUUCUCGGGCUUCAUGGGUCCGUUUGUGACAGUCGCCCUGCAGAAGGGUAUCGCGGUGUAUGUGGGCGACGGCCAGAACCGCUGGUGUGCUGGGCACCGUGACGACGCGGCUAGGUUGUUUCGGCUUGCAGCGGAGAAGGCCACGCCUGGGUCGAUCUUCCAUGCGGUGGGUGAGGAGGGUGUGCCGACGAAGGAGAUUGCGAUUGCAGCCGGGAAGCAGCUGGAUAUACCUGUUGUCAGUAUCCCGCCGGAGAAGGCAGAGGAGCAUUUCGGCUGGUUCUGGUUCGGUGCCGCAGCUGAUAAUGUGGCCUCGAGCGCGAAGACGAGAGAGCGGUUGGGGUGGACUCCUGAGGGGGCGACAUUGAUGGAAGAUAUCCCGGCUAUUGUUGACUUUAUGAAGUCUCAGGCAGCGUGA